AAGGGGAGGGGGCGUGAAGGGAGGGUGAGCCGAGGGUAUAUAAGGGGAGGGUGUGGGGGGCGGGCUUUCAGUCGACUAACCCCACCCAUCACGAGAAGGUCAUGAAGUUAUUCUUGCUGUGUCUGUUGCUGUGUCUCGCCUCUGCUCAGAAGCGUAAGGCUACAGAUGGAACUUCUACCGAGGAGGCUGACCAGUGGACCAGCGAUGAGGACCUGUCAUCCCCCGCCGCCGCCAGCCACGCGCCGGCGCACUCCCUGAGCUCCGAGGCCGAGGACGACGUGGGCGGCAUCUCGCUGGACUCCGAAGAGGACCAUGGACGCAAGGAGGCCGAGGACGGCUACGAAGACUUAUUUUAUGACGACGACGAUGACGACGACGACUACGAAAAGACGUACGACGACGAAGGCGAAGAGGUGCAUAUAAUCGACUACGUGGGCAGGUUCAGGGGGGAGGAGAAGGAGGGCGAGGAUCGCUUCAAGAGGAAGGUCAUCUUCGGCGGCGGCGGCGGUUACGGCGGCGUGCACCGCAGCGGCAGGGGCGGCGGAGGCGACCCGUACGGACGGCGGCGCGACAACCCCAACUACCACGGCCCCGGCCCCGACUACGGCAACUACGGGUCAUGGCCUUAUGGACGCGGCGAGUACGUAGACACCAGCUCUUUUGACCGCGAUGCCAACACGGAGACCACCACCACCACCUCCACCUCCACCGCCGCCCCUACCCGCUCCGCCAAGUCCCGCGCCUACGGCAUCGUGCGCUCCUCGCCCGGCGACGGCACCGUGCCCUCCUCCUCUGGCAGGAAGAGCAAGACCGGGCGGCGCGAGACCAAGCGAAAGCUGUCCAAGGACCUCAAGUGGGAGAUCGCGCAGUACGCCCUGCAGCACGGCACACGGCAGGCCGUGCAUCACUACUCCCAACAGGUCGGCAAGCGGAUCAGCGAGAAGAAGAUCGACAAGUUCGUGCGGCGGUACCAGCAGCGGCAGGAGCGGGAGGAGUCACGCCAGAACUAGAUAGUCCCUUGUAGCCAGCACAGCACCCUGCCCCACCCCCACCCCGCCCACGCUGCCUCCUCCCCUCCCAGCCUGGCCCUGAAGUAGUCUCCUAGGAACUAUCAGCCACUCCCCUGUGCACCCCUCGCCUAUCCAUAAGCCCAGUCCAGAUGUAGUCCCCUAGUGCCCAGCCCCCCGCUCACUCCUCGCCAACUAACAAGCCCCGCCCUUAGCAAACCUGCGUCCGCCCCUCACCCUGCCUCUAUUCUUCCCUUAUCCAUUCAGAACUAGUCCUCUUACAUCCCCACAGCCCUCCCCACGGUCCUCCCCUCCCAGCCCUGAUCAAAACUGAUCCCCUUACACCCCCCUGCCAGCGCGUCCCUCCCCCCUCCCCUGCUCCUGCUCCUCCCUUCCCCAAAACGCCCAAACACGCUGUACAUACUUGCGCCUGACGUGAUGACCUCCAGGUGGCGUCCAGGUGUCCUUUCAGUGAUUUAGAGUUAACUAAGUCCCUGAGGUGUGGCCACAUAACCCGCAGCAAGGCCCCGUCAGGAUAGGUAACGUAGGUAGCCUUCUUGUACACAGGUGAACUUGUUAUGAACCUGUUCAAACUUUUUUUCUGAACAGGUCAGGACAGGUAACACAGAUAUCCUUGUUGUAUGCAGGAAAUUUGCUUCAUAUCUUCUGAGCUUGCCAGGACGCAGCAAUCAUGGCUGUCAGCUUAUCUUGGCGGGAAGAUCUUGGCGCUUCGCCGCCGCUCCCUCGACCUCGCAUGUUCCAGUAGCCACGUAAGAAGUAUUACCUCACUCCUCGUACCUGGAAGAGAGAGUUCACCUGGAGUCUUCCCGCCACAGGUACAACAAACGCCGCCAGGCAGAAAACAGUCCUGUAAGGAGCAUCCACCAAUCCCUCGUAAAUUGACCCGAGAAAAAUGCAGGAAAACCCAUGUAACCUUUAACGAUCAGUCAAGAUUUCCUUACCUCUUAUCCUAAUCCAAAAUAACUCAACAAUAGUUAUCCUCGUAAUGAUCAAAAACAAAAUAGGAUUGUCUCAAGUUGUCACCAUGUCUUACAUAGACUCAGACCACGUCGUCCAGACUCGGUCUUCAUCCCCUUGUAAAGAAACACACGAUCACAAACAAAACAUUCCCCGCCGCCUUCCAUGUGUCAGGAUUUUACCAAGCUGCCGUCAUGUUGUCAUUUUAUCGCCUCAACUCUUCGUCCAAACUUUCUUGAUAGCUAAAAACCCUUCACUCUGCUCCUCUUGUCGCAACAAGAUAAGAAUAUCAAUCACGAAGUCUCCCAGUUACUUUCCAUAGGUCAGGAUUGUUCCCACGUUGCUGCCGUGCUGUCAUUUCAGUAGAGACUCACACACUUCCCUUACACUUCCCUUUGAAUUAGUCUUAAGGUGAGUACAACGAAUAGGUAACUUAUAAUCCAUGUAAGGUAACAUGUACCCCUUGCGGCACCUCUGGCACACACCUGCCGGCCUAUACAGGUGUACGGCAGGUGUGUGGAAAUGUGUAAAGGUGUGUGAAGGUGUUUGGCGGGUGUAAAGAUUGUAAAGAAAUGGUGUUGAGGUUGUCUGGCAGGUGUGCAGGCUUGUGUUAAGGUGCAAACUGUAGAGCAUAUGUGUAGAGGUGCAGGGCGGGUGUAUAAAGGUGCAAAGCAGGUGUGUGUGUGUGUGUGUGUGUGUGUGUGUGUGUGUGUGUGUGUGUGUGUGUGUGUGUGUGUGUGUGUGUGUGUUGAGGAAUAGAGAAGGAGGAAGACAAGGUGAAAAAAGGAGAAGGAAAGGUGAUACAAAGUCGGAGCAGUAGCCGUUUUAAGGAAUGUGUUAGUUGUUGGUGUUGUUGUAUUAGUUGUUGUUGUUGUAGUUGUUGUUAUUAUAUUUGUUGCUGUGUCUUUUGUUAUUUUCAUUGUUCUUUUGUUAUUCUUUCCUUGUAGCUGGAUGAUUAGAUAGUUUGUUGUUGUUAUUGCUGAUCUUAUUAUUGUUUUCAAAGAGACUAAAGAGAAUAAUAAUUAUAUAUAAUCAAUGAAACUAAGAAAAAAGUAGUGACAUUUUUUUCAGUUAGUUAGAUAAUAAUGGCUUUGUGUUUUUGUAGAGACCAAACACUACUAAAAUAUAAGAAGUAGGAACACCUAAAAAGGAAGCGAUUAUAUUUCAGUAAGUUAGAUGAAAAGUGUGAAAAAUUAGAAAAAGAAAAAAAAUACAAAUCGGUUAGAUAGACGAUACAGGAAAGUAAAAAAAAAAAAAAAAGGAAGCAAAACGUAAUUCACAUACAAGCUUAUUUAAGGAUGUAAGUGUUCUACAGGUGACGCAGGUGUGAAUAUCAGGUGCUUAGGUGCGUUGGAAGGUGACGCGUUAUCGGUGGUGGGGCAGGCAGUGAGGCAGGUGUGUCAAGGGUGAAUCUGGCUGGGAAAUGAUAGACAGGUGUGUAGGAGGUCAUUAGGUGUUUGGGAUGACAAGACAGGUGCUAAUUAGGAGGCAGGUGUAGAGGUGUCGCAUAUAGUCCUUGCUUAUUGUGCAUAUAGAUGUUUUUUUUUACGAAUAAAUGGGUAUCAUAAUCACUGUCUCGUGUGUGUGUGUGUGUGUGUGUGUGUGUGCGCGCGCGUGUCCUCGUGUUUGUGAAAAAAAAAUUAGCUUACAGCCAUAACCUUACUAUACAAUUAUAUAACGUCGUCAACUUCUCAUCAAGAUUGAUACGUAACUAUAUUUUAUAAUGCUACUGUGUCAUGACAGGAACUAAAGCUAAGUAUACGUGUACAAUACCAGUAACGUGCACAUCCAUGGCUGGCAGACACACACACACCUUGGUCAGGUACACGCAGCUACGCACCAAAAUUACCAGGCACGUUUUAUUAUAUUUCAUCAUUUAUUAAACUCACACAUUUUCAUUAAAGCUAAACCUAAAGACUUAGUAAACAUAUAGGUCGGUAUUAUAAGAUACUAUCCCUUCUCACAUCAGCUAUUUCUAAAGGCCAAAGAGGGGAUCAAUCGGGUUAUAAUGAGCGUUUCUUUAGGUUCACGGUACAGAAGAAGAGUUAAACUACCACCAGGGCCAUAAAACUACUCCUGGAAAUGCCCAAAACUCCUGCGAAAGGCUUGUCAAAUAUGUGUUCUUGGGCGGCGAAAUGUCUUGUAAUACGACCCAUACAACACCAGUAGCGGGCGCACACACCACCGGUACACACACAGGCGUGGAUUAUGUACACUCAGUUAUUGCUAUGCACCUUUUUAUCAUUUUCUGAAGUUGCACUAUCGAAAUAAAGAAUAAAGUUAAAUAUACAUGCACAAUACUAGAACACGACUGGUAUAUACACACACCAUGUAUCCAUGUAUAGAUGUACGUUUACGGACUGCCACGAGUGUAUUAUUAUGUAUACACGUUUCGAGACUGAUUUACGCAGACCUGUCAUCAUUAUCCUGCAAAAUAUAUAUCAUAUGUCCCAAGCAUG